AUGGGUGCGACUCAUUCUCCGACGCAUCCUUGGCAUGUCAGGUGCCUGGUGGCCACUCUGGCCUUUCAAUCGCUCGGUGGGAAGUCCACACAGCCCGGAGUGGUGGUCGUGCCACUCACAAGGCAACGGAGGCACUUACCCGACAGCUGGGGCCGACGGCAAAGCACGGUCGAGUACUUUGCGGAGGUGGCAGUCGGUUCACCAAGCCAGAGCUUUCGCAUGACCUUUGACACUGGGAGUGCCAAUGUUGUGAUCCCGUCGAGUCAUUGUUCAGCACCGAGCUGCCUGCAAAGCAGGCGCUACAAUGCCAGCCAAUCAAGCACAGCAGAGCGCCAGCUGUGCUUGAAAGACAUCGACGCCGCCAACUACACCCGCGAGGCCGUGACGCUGACUUUCGGCACGGGACAAGUCACCGGCCACUACGCGAAGGACCAGGUGUGCGUGGGACAAGACCUCUGCGCAGCCUUGAGCUUUGUGGAGGCCACCAACCAAAGUGAGCAUCCGUUUCGCAAUGCGCCCUAUGAUGGAGUGCUUGGGCUCGGCCUUCCACAGCUUUCCCAGGAUCACGGCUUCUGCCUCUUCGAUGAGUUGGUGAAGAGUCGGAAGCUUGCCCGGCCGGUCUUUGCCGUCUACUUCUCCCUUGAGGGGGGCGAGAUCAGCUUCGGGAAGGUGGAUGCUGAGCGGAUGGAGUCCGAGCUUAAGUGGGCACCCGUCUGGAAGCCUGGAUUCUGGCAGGUGUCCCUCAGAGAUCUGACCCUGAAUGGCUCGAAGACCGAUCUCUGCGGGGCCCCGGGCUCCUACACCGCCUGCGCCGCCGCCCUCGACACCGGGAGCCACAAGUUCACGUUGUUUCGGGACCUCCUCGCUGGCAGCGCCUACCCGCCUCGCCCGGCAGCUGGCGGAACUUCUCAAGGUUGCGCCGGAUUGCAGCAAUUUCGAUGCGCUCCCCACCCUUGGCUUCCUCCUGGAGGAGGUGGAUUUCGAGCUGCAGCUGACCCCGCAGGACUAUGUGGAGCGGGAGGAGGGCGGCUGUGA